AUGUCGGGAGUGUCUGGAGUUUCGGGAAUGUCGGGAGUGUCUGGGGUAUCGGGAGGACCUCUAGUUUCGGCCGUUGAGCCAACAGCAUCAAUCCAGAUUUCUGUUCCUUAUCCACCACUUCCAUAUACUCAUCCUUCAAUGCAAACGUAA